UGAUUGUUACUGGUUGGUGGGAGGAGAGACACGCGCGGUAUCGCUCCGGCCUUUUCCUGAGCCCUUCUGAAGGAGAGGCUGUGGUGAAGAGAUAGGAGAAGGUGCUGGUUCUGCCGCCAUUGUCGGCAUCGCGAUGACGUUCAAGCGGAGCCGAAACCGUUUCUACAGCACUCGCUGUUGUGGCUGCUGUCAUGUCCGCACGGGCACCAUCAUCCUGGGCACCUGGUAUAUGGUGAUGAAUCUCUUGAUGGGCAUCUUGUUGACCGUCGAAGUGACUCACCCCAAUACCGUGCCAACAGUUGACAUCCAGUAUGAAGUCAUUGGUAACUACUAUGCGUCUGAGACAGUGGCUGAAAAUGCAUGUGUUGUCUUCGCCAUCUCUCUCCUCAUGUUCACAAUCAGUGCUAUGAUGGUUUAUGGAGCCAUUGCGCACCGAGUUGGCUGGCUGAUUCCAUUCUUCUGUUACCAGCUUUUUGACUUUGUCCUCAGUUGUCUGGUGGCUGUAAGUUCUCUGACGUACUUGCCAAGAAUAAAAGACUACUUGGACCAGCUGCCAGAUUUCCCAUACAAAGAGGACCUCCUUACCAUUGACUCAAGCUACCUUCUGUUCGUUGUCUUGGUGUUCUUUGCCUUAGUCAUCAUCUUAAAGGCCUACCUAAUUAACUGUGUAUGGAACUGCUAUAAAUACAUCAUCAACAGAAACGUGCCUGAGAUAGCUGUGUACCCUGCAUUUGAAGCGCCUCCACAGUAUGUUCUGCCAACCUAUGAGAUGGCAGUAAAAAUGCCUGAGAAGGAACCUCCGCCUCCUUACAUCCCUGCUUGAAGUAACACGACUGAUAUUGAAACAUCUGUACCAGCUUCUCUUUUUUUAUACUGUUAAACCGCUUAAAUAAACAUUUGAGGGCUUUAGGAAUGAAACUGUGUGGUUGAGCUGAGAGGCAUUUGAUAUAGCGACACUAAACAAAAUAUUCUUAUUGGGAUGAUUCUCCCCCCCCCCCCUUCAAAUCUUGGUAGCUUUUAAUUUUAUUGGUCUCUUUACACAGUUACUAAGCCUUAGGGUUUAAUUCUGCAAGGACCUCUAUAUUUGUAUUUAACUUUGUUCGUGUUUCCGUUGACUUUUUUUUUAGCAUUAGCAUGGAUAACCAAGAUUAGUUUGGGAGAUGAAUGUUUAGUUUGGGAGACGAGAGUUCUCAGGAUCAGGCUCUUCAGAAAGAUUAUUCUACAGAUUAGUUCACAAGGACAGUCUGAUCAGAUGGCAAUAAGGUUUUUUUCAUUCCUCGCUUUAUAGAGGGAGAGGAAGGAGUUCAAACGUGGUAUACGACUAUAUAUAUUUACUUUUUGCACUUUUACCCUUUAUCUUACCUUACUGUGUUAUCCAAUGCCUUGAAACCAUAUUUUCAGGAAGCGUGAAGUUGGCACUACAGUUUGAAAUUUUUGCUACGUGCUGUGAAUGCCGGAAGAAUGCACACAGAAAACUACAUUUGUGUCAGAUGUCAGUUGCAUGCUUCUAAUCUGUAUGUAUUUUCAUCUUUGUUAUAAAUGAUGCUUUAAUAAAUCUUGUUUAAAAAAAAAAUU